CGGACCUCGUAUCGCAUGGGCGACAUUCCCCACCCUUUCUUCCUUGCUCCUUUUGCUUUUCAAUCGUCCAACGCCUCUUCGGUGGUUUGCUCUCCCCCCACCCUCUCCUCCUUUUCCAUUCGUUCUUAGCAGCUUAAUACCCGGUUCGCUGGUGUAACUCCUACCUCUUUCCAACCCUUCCAUCCCUGAUACGAUCCCGUGUAUUCCUGUGGCCCACUGCAACCGCCUAUCUGCCAAGACCUAGCUGUUAGUUCGAUUGUGACUAUGCCACCCAAGAAAAGCGCACCCAAGCCGGCUGCGGCAUCAGCUGCGACGGCAAAGGGUAAACGGGCCACAUCUACUACAACUACUACGACGAAGGCAGCUACGAAAGCAACUACAAAGGCAACCACCAGAACAACAACGAAAGCGAAUAAGACAACCGCCACGACCACUACUGCUCGCAAAGUUCCAAUUGACAAGCGAGAGACCCCUUCGAAGCCCAAGAAGACCACCAAGAGACAACCCGUGAAAUCCACCACACCUACCAAAGGUGGAACAGUCGACAACCUUGCAAGCAAGAAGCAUGAAGCUGAGCCUGCGAGACGUGAGAAGCGGAAAGCAGAAGUUAUCGAUGAAGCUCCUGCUCGCGAUUUGAAGAAAGCUCGUGUUGCUAAACCCCGGGUUACUAAACUGAAGCCGAAGGUGGUCAUCAACCAUGCGCCAACCACUCGAUUAAAUGUCUAUGUGUGCGGUGAAGGCAGCUCAGGCGAGUUGGGGCUAGGAUCUGCUAAGAAUGCAGUUGAUGUGAAGCGGCCUCGGUUGAAUGCCAACUUGCCAGCGGACCGUGUCGGUGCUGUCCAGGUCGCUGUUGGUGGCAUGCAUUGCGUUGCGCUUACGUAUGAUAACAGGAUCCUUACAUGGGGCGUCAACGAUCAAGGAGCCCUUGGCAGAGAUACUACUUGGGAUGGUGGGUACAAAGAUAUCGACGAAGCCAACAAUGGGUCAGACUCGGAAUCCGAUGAUGACAUUGCUCUAAACCCCUACGAAUCAACUCCCACCGCUAUUCCGUCAGAGGCUUUCCCGAAAGACACCGUCUUCGUUCAAGUCGCUGCUGGCGACAGCUCAAGCUUUGCCCUUACAGAUGACGGUCAAGUUUAUGGUUGGGGAACAUUCAGAAGCAAUGAUGGUAUCUUAGGUUUUGAUGCCGCCAAUAAAGUCCAACAUACGCCUAGUCUGAUACCGUCUUUGAAGAAAAUCAAACACCUGGCAUGUGGCGAUAAUCACGUCUUAGCACUGAAUGAUAAAGGUGCUGUGUUAUCAUGGGGUUCGGGUCAGCAAAACCAACUGGGCCGUCGUAUCAUUGAGCGAAACAGGCUGAACGGUCUGCAGCCGCGCGAGUUUGGCCUGCCGAAGAAUAUUGUGCAUAUUGGCUGUGGUGCUUUCCAUUCAUUCGCUGUUCAUCAGUCUGGAAAGGUUUACGCAUGGGGUCUGAACAGUUUCGGCGAAACGGGUAUCAGGGCUGGUGCCGGUGAUGACGAAGCUGCGAUUGUGCACCCCACCGUCGUGGAUUCGCUAUCUGGAAAAGCAGUCACACAAAUCUGCGGCGGCGCCCAUCAUUCGCUUGCUAUCGCUAAUGAUGGCGAGUGCCUUGUAUGGGGACGAUUGGAUGGCUACCAGACAGGUCUGAAAAUCGAUAGUCUAGCCGAGGAUGCGGUCAUCAAGGACGAGCGUGGGCGGCCUCGUAUCUUGAUAGAUCCCAAAGCUGUUCCUGGAGUCAAGGCCAUUGCUGUUGCAGCCGGUUCAGACCAUUCACUCGUCAUUGAUGUAGAGGGUCGUCCUUGGUCGUGGGGCUUUUCCGCCACCUAUCAAACGGGCCAAGGUACACCUGAUGACAUCGAAGUAGCGACUGUCAUCGAGAAUACUGCCGUUCGUGGUAAGAAGUUAAACUGGGCAGGUGGUGGUGGUCAAUUCUCUGUGUUCACAGAGCCUGCAGCAUUAGCAUAAUUUAUAAGCUAAUGCCAGGGAAGAAAAGGGAGGCACACCGGCACUUCAAAUUCGUCUCCAAUGGGUCCAUUGCAAGGGCAUGUUUCAAUUGUCUUAGCAGUAUUGUUGAUUACGCUUAGACCAGUCAAUAAAUACAUUGCAGACACGGCAGAAGAGGAAAAUAGAAUAAAAAGGAAAAUAGAAAAGGAGAGAGAAAGGGCACAUUAUGCUGGUAUCUGCCGCAUCUCGGCAUUUCCGAUAAUACAUGUACUUUAUGUUUUAUAAGUCAUUCUUAAACUAUAGAAAAGGAGCAAGGACAAGUAAAAAAAGACCGAGCUGGUUCAUAGACCGUUCUUGUGGAAUUUACGC